AUGUCAAAACCUAAGACCUUUCAAGAGGCGGUUGAACUUGUCACCCUUGCUGAAAAGGAUAGUUAUGUCCCAGAUGCCUCUAAUAAGAUAUUGAAGAGGAAAGCUGUCAAUGUUAACGAGUCCAARAAAAUUCGAGUUUCGGAAGAAAAUAUUAGAACUUCGACCGCAUGUGUCACUUGCGGAAAAUUCCACCAUGGUGAAUGUAUGUAUGGUAAAAGAGUAUGUUUUAGUUGUGGGCAACCUGGUCAUAUGUCAAAGGAAUGCAAAACAAGAUUUACUUGUUACUCAUGUGGGGCUGUCGGACAUCGCUCCAAUGAGUGUCCCAAAAAGGAUCUUGUGCAACCGAAGUUGCUUGAAAGACCGAACGGCAAGAAACCCGAGGUGCCUAAAACCAAGGGACGAGUCUUUCAGAUGACCGCUGAGGAGGCAUAG